ACAAUGCGACUCAUGACGUCAUAAACAAUGUCCGAUUCGUCAACGUCAUGUCUCUGUGUGUCGUCAGGACCCCUUUGUUACGGUCCACUUUAUUCCGUGCUGCGUGGGAGCUGCUGUGAGUCAACGCCGCCGUGCUUGGACGCUACUUUGCUCUCAUUUCCCCGCACAGAGUCCCACGAUCUAAAAGUCCCCCUUCUCCACCCACCCCCACAAAGUUCUUUGACGAUGUUCGUGGCGGUGGAAAGCCGGCAGCUGUCGGAGAACGACCGCAGACUUUUAGCCAUGCAGGCCCUGUGCAGGACCCCCGACCCGGUGGCCUCCUUCCUCCCGGUGCUGGUGGACUCUCAGCCUCCGCUGCCGCCGCCGCCUCCUCCUCCUCCCGGCCCGGGCUCGCUUCCUCACGCCUCCUUCUCCUCUUCCUCCUCCUCCGGGUCCUCCUCAUCAUCUUCCGCGCGCAGGCCCGCCGCCCGCUGGAGCGCCAAGCCCCGAACCGGCCCGCAGAUUCAGAACGUGACGUCUUCGGUGAAGCUGGGUUGCGAUCUGGACCUGGAGUUCAUCGCUCGGAACUCGUGGAACGUGCAGCACCUGUCAACGGUCUUCAAGUCGCUUGUCAUGAAGAUCCGCAAGCCCCAGACCACGGCCAGGAUCUUCCAGUCCGGAAUCCUUUUCUGCACGGGAGCCAAGAGCGAGGACGAGUCUCGGGUGGCCGCCAGGAAGUUUGCCUUCAAAAUCCUGAAGCUGGGCUACCCGGUGCGCUUCCUGGACUUCAAGGUGCUCAACAUCGGCGGCACCUGCAAAACGUUCCCCAUCAACCUGGAGGAUCUCUUCUUGGCCCACCAGGACCACUGCAGUUACGAACCGGAGCUGUUUCCUGCUCUGCAGUACAACUUUCGUCCCGGCAUGACGGCGUCCAUCUUUUCCUCUGGCUCCAUCUCACUGGUCGGGGCUAAAACGGAAGAUGAAUUCUACCGAGCAUUUUGCACCCUGGAUGCCAUCCUGAUCAACUUCAGGAGGACGUGAAGUCGACCCCGCUUGCGACGGUCACGUUGUGGGUGUGAGCAUGCAGCAUUAGCCACGCCACCGUCGCUUACGCCGCCACCGAAAUAAAUCCAUAUUAUACAGCAUUACAUCAUUAUAUCCUGAUCCCACUCGUAGCAUGACUAGUCUCGCCAACUUUGCUGUCGUCGCGUCAACAGUUUAAGCUGGAGCAAACUUUGAUUGACCAAAGUGUCGCUUUGAUGCUAAUGUGUUUUAUUUUUAGCUCGAAUGAUCAUCAACAAGUACAAGUUGCGUUGUGCUCGUUGACAAGCACUUGCUGUCUUCAUGUAAAGAUGUCAUAAAAAGUGACUGGAAAACAAAACAAGAGAAAGUGUCGUUUGUGAAAUCACCAGCAGAUGUCACCCGAGUUCAACAAAAAAAUGACGCUUCAAUCGUUGAAUGACUUUGCAUAGUGCAUAAAAUAAUGCGUGUACAGCUAAAAAAAAGCUCAAGCCAUAUGCUAUGUACAUUUAUCGAUUAAAUCCGCUCAAAUACCAUUCUAAAAAUGCUGAAACAUUUACAGUAAUUGGAAAAAAAAGGCACAUUUGAAUUCCCGACUCCUGAAUCACUACAUCGUGAUUUUCUCUGGCGAUUUGUUGGAACUAUCUCGGACCAACUAUCCAAAAAUCUCGACAGCGUGCAUCCAACUUCAGAUGAGGUGAUUCCUGACCUCCCCGCGGAUCAAAAGCGAGACGGGGGCCGCCCACUGACCCGUUCUACCCCCUCCCCCAUUCCUCUCCAUCUUCUCCUGCUGCACAAGCAGAGCCUGUUGAGGAUUUAAACGUGAACAAGGGAGGGGGGGGAG